CCUGAACGGGGCCUUUCUUUCUUCCCAUCUAAGAACUUGGCUGCCUGAGAAUACAAUUGGGCUUCCUAAUCGACACACACAAGAACCGCCGCCAAUCACCAAUCACCCAAGAUGAGGAACUCAUACGAAGAUGCAGUCGAGGACCUCACCGAGCGACUGGAGCGACUUCACCUUUGGAGCCCCGAGCCACUGGAGACAUUCGAACUAUUUCCUCGCCUUCCAAAGGAGCUAAGACGCCUCAUACUCAAGUUUGCACUCCCUGCUGCGGACCGCCUAAUCACUGUUACAGCCCACUGCCGGCAGCUGAUGCCGAAGAAGAAUAUUUACGUUUUCUUCACGAUUCCAUCACCAGUAAGGGGUAUGCCACCACAGUCAAAGAACGUCAGGGAUGUUCGAUUACUCAAACUGUGCUGGGAGUCUCGGGAGGUUUAUUUUGAGAAUGAUAGAGGAUGCCUACCUGGUUCUAGCAAGAAUAUUAUCUACUUCGAUCAGAAGCAUACCUCUAUAUUCAUCUAA